GCGGUUUAUUAAUUAAAUUAAUUAGCAGAAAUUGUAUCAAAAUGAAAUUGUUGUUAGUUUGUGCUGUGCUUGUGACUGUGGCCUAUGCUGUCGACGAUGGCAAUUUGAUCUCAAGUGAUGCCGUUGUGCGACAUGAUGGCAAAUUUGUUUAUCACUACGAACUGCACGAUGGCACAAAAGUUCAACAGAGAGGAGUACACAAGCAGAUAACGCCGCAGAAUGGCGGUGAGGCCAUCGAAGGACAUUAUGAAUAUGUUGGCGAUGAUGGUCAGACCUAUAGUGUCAGCUAUGUGGCCGAUGAGAAUGGCUUUCACCCAGUUGGCGCGCACUUGCCCACGCCACCACCCGUGCCAGAGUCGGUGAUAAGAACACUCAAGUACAUUGAGGAACAUCCAUACAAUCCAAAUGCAUAAACCUUCGAAUGUGAUUAUGUAAACCAAAAGAACUGAAAUAGCAAAUACUUAGUGAACAAAACUGUAAUAAA